AUGUUCACACGUACAGCGCUGCGGGCUGCGACAAGACCCGUCAAUCGUAUCCCAACCCUCACACUCCGAGCCAACUACGCCACACCCUCUGUCAAGCCCACUCACACCACCCCUCAACCCAUCUCUGCCGACGACGCGCAUAAAAUGAAUCCUCGUGGACUGGAGAUAUCCUCCGCCCAGCGGAUAGCCGAGAAUGGCUUCAUAUCUGCAAUCGGAAACACUCCCCUCAUCCGCCUCAAGAAACUCUCCGAAGAAACAGGAUGUGAGAUCCUAGGCAAAGCCGAAUUCCAAAACCCCGGUGGCAGCGUCAAAGACCGCGCAGCCUACUACGUCGUCAAAGAUGCCGAGGAACGCGGCUUGCUAAAACCCGGCGGGACCGUAGUCGAAGGCACAGCCGGCAAUACAGGCAUAGGUCUGGCGCACGUCUGCAGAAGUAAAGGCUACAAGCUCGUGAUCUUCAUGCCGAAUACACAGAGCCAAGGCAAGAUCGAUCUGCUGAGGUUGCUCGGAGCGGAAGUGUAUCCCGUGCCAGCGGUGGCGUACGAUAAUCCCGAGAACUACAACCACCAAGCCACGCGCUAUGCCGAAGAAAGAGAAAACUGCGUUUGGACCAACCAAUUCGAUAAUGUCGCUAAUAGACAAGCACAUAUCGAGACCACGGGCCCGGAGAUUUGGGCGCAGACACAAGGCAAGAUCGACGCUUUCACCUGCGCUUCCGGAACCGCUGGCACGAUUGCAGGUGUCACGAGAUAUUUGAAGGAUGUCUCUGGUGGGAAAGUGAAAUGCUACGUAGCUGAUCCGCCAGGAAGCGUGAUAUACACCUACGUCUCAUCCGGCGGCAAAAUGACCGAGCGGAAAGGCUCCUCCAUUACCGAAGGUAUUGGUCAAGGACGAAUCACUUCUAAUCUUCAACCCGAUAUCGAUCUCUUGGAUGGCGCACUCCAUGUCCCCGACGCCUCAAGUAUCGAGAUGGUGUACCGAUGUUUGGACGAAGAGGGAUUGUAUUUGGGCGCUAGCUCCUGUCUCAACGUCGCCGCGGCGAGGGAUCUGGCUGUUAAGCUCGGACCGGGGAAUACGGUCGUGACGAUUUUGUGUGAUGGGGCGUAUCGGUAUGCGGAUCGGUUGUUUAGUAAGAAGUGGUUGCAUGAGAAGGGGCUGUGGGAGGCAGUGCCGGAGGGGUUGAGGAGGUAUGCUGUUUUGGAUUAG